ACAUGAUCGACACUCCGCGACUCAUCUCCCAUCCAAUUUGAUCCGGAUCCUUCGGAGGGGUUGUUGCAACCACCACCCCCCAACUCACACCAUGUAUCACCUCGCCAAGUCGCUGUACAUGUACGCUACGAGUAAAGAGGAAUACUCCGUCCUCCUCCUCGGCCUCGACAACGCCGGCAAAACCACCCUCCUCUCCCAGAUCAAGGCCCUCUACCAGCCCCCGCGCGCCGAUGGCAGCCUCCCGGCCUCGCUCCUCCCCGCCAGCAUCGGCAAGACCGUCCCCACCGUCGGCCAGAACGUCGCCACCAUCUCGCUGCCGGACAUGUACCUGAAGAUCUGGGACGUGGGCGGCCAGAUCUCCAUGCGCAACCUCUGGCAGAGCUACUACGCCAGCUGCCACGCCAUCAUCUUCGUCGUCGACAGCGCCGACGUCGGCCAGGACCCGGACAUCACGCGGCUCCCGCAGCGGCGGCGCGCGAGCGGGGGCGUUGCCGCUGUUGGCGAUGACGGCAGCAAGACGGCAGCUGCAGCUGCAGACGAGGAGGACGAGGACGAGGCCGAGGAUGAGGAGGGCGGCGACCUCGGAUCCACCUCCCCGACGAACGUGACCUUCACGGCCGAGAAUGUCGGGAUCAACGCCCCCGGGAGCGACUUCGGGCGGCUGGACGAGUGCCGGCAGGUGCUGGAGUCGGUGCUGAAGCACGCGGACGUCGCCGGGGUGCCCAUCCUGGUGCUGGCCAACAAGCAGGACCGCGAGGACUCGGUCGAGGUCGUCCGCAUCAAGGAAGGGUUCGUGCGCAAGGUCUUCGAGGGCGAGUCCGGGGCGGGCGUGCGCGACAGCCGCGUGCUGCCGGUGAGUGCGCUGAUGGGGUCCGGCGUGCAGGAGGCGGUGGAGUGGGUGCAGAGUCGCGUCAAGUGGAAUAAGGAGGGGCGGCCGCCGGUGAUGCGGUGAUUGUCUUCUCUCUGGAGGGGCUCGAUCAUUAUGCUGCCCUCAAACUAUAAUCCGCACCUCCGGCUGGGAAUUCCCGCCCUUGGAAAUAUUUUUGUCUUGUCGUUCGGCGUCGGGGGAGCAUCGUGUUUAUGCAAAGAUACCUAUUCUGAUUGAAAUGAUUCUGCUUUUGUGUGAUUCUUGAUGAUACCUGUUAAAGUUCCCAUGUGCACAGAUAGCCAGCCACCUUAUUGCAUCGGUCAAUAGAACUAGAUACAAGAAGAAAUAGACCUGUGGAAGGUUGUAAG